UUUUUUUUUCCCACCCCCCUACGCGCCACCAACUCCCCGUCCUCCAGAUACUACCUACCUACCUAAAAGUUCUCCACCCCUUCCAGAACGCAGAUUACGAUAGAGCCUCCUUUACUGAAAAAAUAUAUAUACAUUGUCCAAAAAAAAUAACCCCGGCUAUACCGAUUCGGCCAUGAGUCCCGCCGGCCCGAGCAACGCCGCCGACGACGGGGGCCCGCGCCGGCCGCCUCGACCGCGCGGCGACCCGGACGACUCUGACUCCGAGGACGACUCGGACUGGAGCGAGGGCGGCGGGGAGCAGGAGGAGGCAGACGACGACGACGAGGCCCCCGAGGUUAUCUCGCUGCUCGACGACCGCGUCUUCCCCGACGUCCUGUCCAUGCUCGCCCACUGCCGCCAGAAGCACCACUUCGACUUCCUCAGCGUCCGCCAGCGCCUGCAGCUCGACUUCCACGGCUGCGUCAAGCUCGUCAACUUCAUCCGCCAGCGCGUGCAUGAGGGCCUGCCGGUGACGGAGGACAUCUCGUGGGCCGACAUCGACCACGAGCAGUACCUGAAGCCGGUGCUCGACGACGACGCCGUGAUCCUGGGGCUCUUCGACCUGCCCGAGGUGCGGCCGACGCGGAACGGCGCGGGUGCGGGCGCAGGCGCCGCCGCCGCUGCCGACGACGACGCUGCGCUCGUCGACGACCUGCUGCGCCGCAACGGCGAGCUGCAGGACGAGCUCGCCCGCGUCCGCGCCCAGUUCGACAGUUACCGCGCCGCCGUCCAGAAGACCCUCGACGAGCGCCUCGGCGACGCCGAGGCGUCCGUCCUCGCCGAGCCGGCCGCGCGCAAACCGGCCGACAAGGAGGACGAGUCCAAGUACUACUGGGACUCGUACGGCGGACCAGAAAUCCACGAGGAGAUGCUCAAGGACACGGUGCGCACCGACGCGUACCGCGACUUCAUCUACAACAACAAGCACCUGUUCGCGGGCAAGACGGUGCUGGACGUAGGGUGCGGCACGGGCAUCCUGAGCAUGUUCUGCGCGCGGGCGGGCGCGUCGCGCGUGUUCGCCGUCGACGCGAGCGCCAUCAUCAGCAAGGCGCGGGAGAACGUGCAGCGGAACGGGCUGGCGUCGACGGUGGUCUGCCUGUCGGGGCGGGUGGAGGAGGUGGCGCUGCCGGUCGCCGAGGUCGACGUGAUCGUCAGCGAGUGGAUGGGCUACUGCCUGCUGUUCGAGGCGAUGCUGCCGUCCGUGCUCUGGGCCCGCGACCGCUACCUCGCCCCCGGCGGCCUGCUCGUGCCCUCCCACGCCAGCCUCUGGCUCGCCCCCGUCGCCGACCCCGACUUCGUCGCCGACACCGUCGGCUUCUGGCGCCACGUCUACGGCUUCGACAUGCGCGCCAUGCAGGCCGGCAUCUACGACGAGGCCCGCGUGCUGCGCUGGGACGGCCCGAGCUCGGGCUCGGGCUCGGGCUCGGCCGCGCCCGCCGCCGGAGGAGGAGGAGGAGGAGCAGAAGACGCCGCGGUCCUCGCCGGCGCCCCGACCGCCUUCAAGCUGUUCGACCUGUACGAGACGACGGCAGCAGACCUCGCCUUCACGGCGCCCUUCGCGAGCGCGCUGUCGCGCGACGUCGACGCGCUCGACGGGUUCCUCGUCUGGUUCGAUAUCUUCUUCUCGGCGGAGGGGCGGCGCCGCGGCGGCAAGGGGGCGGCGGCCGCCUCCCCGUCCGCGAAGGCAGUGGUCGAGCUCGACGCGUCGGCGGCGGCGUGGGCGCGCGCGGACCAGCAGAACCGCGCGGCGUUCACGACGGGGCCGCACGGCGCGCCGACGCACUGGAAGCAGGGGCUGCUGCUCGUGAAGCCGGCGGAGGAGGAGGAGGCGCGGGAGGCGAGCGGGACGAGACAAGCGGAGGAGGAGGAGAAGCAGGAGGAGGAGGCCCAGGCCCAGACGCCGGGCGCGCCGCUGCCCAAAGGCCGCGAGGUCGCGGGCCAGAUCAGCUUCGCGCCGCUCGAGGACCACGCCCGCGGCCUCUCGAUCCGGGUGGCGUGGGACGGGGGCGCGCGGGAGCAGACGUGGGCGCUGCGGUGAGAGGGCUUUAGAAGUGGUUCCCUCCUCGUUGCUAUAGAGAGAGAGAGAGAGAGAGGAGGGGAUCCCCGAUGUAAUAAACGAAGAAGAGACGGCCCGGUGGCUGCAGGGUUAGUUAGUUAGUUAGCAACGAGCCUCCCUCGAUCCCUCUCUACCCACCUACCCACCUGCUGCGCAUGCCGUAGAAAUCCACGCAUUUUGCUGCCCCA